GAGAGAGAGAGAGAGGGGGAGAUGAGGACCUUCCAGACCCAGAGCCAGGCAGCGCAGCGCGGAGCCUCCAACAGCACCGUGAGUCCCCUCAGCGCGGCCAGCGUCACCCUCACAGCCCUGCUCAUCCUCUGCAUCCCGGUCUGCAGAGGUGCUCCAGCAGAACCUCAGCAGGCCACCACAGACCAGGGGCAGCUCCUCAGCCAGAUAGACGCCGCCUGCUCGUCCUACCUCUCUGCAGACCGGAAGUUUCGGGCCUCUGACGUCUUAGGAGAACUCUGUGUCUUGAUGCUGGUUCAGAAGUUAAAGGAGCAGAAAGUGCCAGAUAAUAGUAAAAGGACUCCAAUGUUGCGUCCUCUCCUGCAUCUCGUUUCUCAACUCCACACCAGAAGAGAGAGAGGACUCUCCAUGCGCGCCGAACUCCAGGGACCUGGAGGAAUCCAGAGCAGAGGUUACUUCCUCUAUCGGCCACGAAAUGGAAGACGAUCCCUAGAAUAUGAGUAAAAUAAAGAGUCGCCAACUCUGAAGCUGAGUGAGACGACCGCGAGACCCGAGACCCCGAGACCCGAGACCCCGAGCCGCUGCAGCACCAGCGAUCCAGACUUCACAGU